AUGUCAUCUUUCUCCGCAUCAUCUGCAGAGGCCCAUAAGCUUGCAACUAGUAGUUAUUCAUCAGUUCAAAACCCAGUUCGUUUCGCAAGGCGAGGUGCGUUACGAGAAAAGAAUGUCUCAUAUGUAAAGGGUCAUGAGUUUGUUGCACGGUUCCUAAAGCAGUUCACAUUUUGCGGACAUUGCAAAGACUUCAUAUGGGGUCUUGGUAUACAAGGUGUUCAGUGCAAAGCUUGCCUUUUUACAGUUCAUAAAAGGUGUUAUCAACUAGUAACUUUUCAAUGCCCUGGCGCAGAUACUGGACCAGAUACAGACUUCGAGAAAAAACAUAAUUUUGUGCUGUAUACAUAUACAAGUCCAACAUUUUGUGAUCACUGUGGUUCUCUUCUUUAUGGUUUGCUACAUCAAGGUUAUAAAUGUAAAAACUGCAAUCUUAAUGUUCAUAAACGCUGCACAUCCAGGGCUCCACGACUUUGUGGAAUGGAUCAUACAGAAAGAAGAGGCCGAAUGAAGGUUUCAGUUACAGCUGAAACAGGAAGAUUAAAGGUUGAAA